CGCCGCUUGAGUGGUUCUACCUGGGAGGGCUUCUGUUUCAUAUCACCUCAUUCGCAAUUCAUCAAAUAGGCCCAUCCAUACCGGAUAUUCCUUUUAGCCUUUUAGGCCAAAGAAGCAAUGUCGGCUUUUCAGAUCGUCCGAGUUUCUUCACGGCAAGCAAUUUCAUCAACCACAAGACUCUCCGGUCGACAACCGCGUGGUUUUCAUUCCUGUUCAUCGAAGGCCGCCAUUGCCCAUCCCAUCACCGCUCAUGGCCCACCACCCAAAGCUCCUUCUGCCGCACAAGAGUUUAGUGGCCGUGUAGAACAGCAAAAAGCCCAGGAGGACGAGCUCAAGUCGCAAUCGACAAGGCAACGAGCGUCGCUCAAAACGCGUUUCUGGAAGGAUGUGAAUGUCGAGAAGAAGCCGGAGGGAGAUUACCGAGUUCUGUUAGACGCUCGGCCCGUUCGAACGCCUUCUAAAGACAUUCUCUCCAUCCCUCCCACGAAGCCUCACCUUGCCCAUGCGAUUGCCCUGGAAUGGGAUGUCAUGACGACCGCCCAGCAAGCUUUGAAAAACCAUCUCAUCCCACUUACCUCUCUAACUGCCCGAGCGGCAGACAUUGUUCGCGAGGAUGAGCAGGGCGAGACAAAUACCCGAGACCAAAUCGUAACAACCUCAAUGCGCUAUCUGGAUACGGAUACCUUGCUUUGCUGGGUGCCUGAACAGCCCGAGGAAAUCGACGAUAAUGGCGUGAAAUCAGAAACCCUUCGAGAGGCUCAGAUGAGAAUAGCCAAAGACACCAUUGCCUUCUUGAGCACAAAGGUCUGGCCAGGGAUUGAGAUUAAACCUAUCUUAGACAGCAACAGCAUAUUGCCUGCGUCCCAGUCCCAGGCUACAAAAGACAUCAUUCGGCUCUGGAUUUCAAACCUGCAUGCGCAUGACUUGGCCGCUUUGGAAAGAGGAAUACUGGCAUCGAAGAGCUUGUUGGUUGCCGUUAGGUUGGUUGCUGAAUGGAGUGAAAAUUUCCGGUCGAUUCAGCGGUCGGGUUCCAAGAAAUUCGGCAUUGAUGAGGCAGCAGAGGCUUCUAGCCUCGAGGUCAAGUGGCAGACAGACAUGUGGGGCGAGGUCGAAGACACUCAUGAUGUCGACAAAGAAGAUUUGAGGCGACAGCUUGGGAGCGUUAUUGUCUUGGUGAGUGGCGAUACCAAAUGAAUGAGUGGAUGGAUAGAUGUACAGGUUUGUAUUAUAUAUAUGUGUAGUUUAUAACCUUCGGUGUAUAUGGCAUAAUAUGAUCAAUGG